AUGUAUUUUUCCAGUGUAACUGAACUAUUCGCUAUCAUUGAGCGAAUUAUUGUGCUUAUUGACACUGCAAAAUACAAUAGAGAAGAAUUGGUUUGCAUGAAGAUGUAUAUUACAGAAGUAAAACAGACAAUCCGUGACAACAGUGGAGCAAUGAAGAACGAAUAUAUCCCAAGUUUGAUGGAGAUGUUGAAAAAAUGGGAAAAGUUUCUGGUCCAAUGUACCAAGCCUAAAAUGAGAAAACUAUUGACUAUCCUUAGUGCUGAUGAGGUAGAUCGAAAGAUGCAUGGCUUAUUUGCCGAUCUCGACAAUGCCCUCAAUGCUGCUAAUUUAAGAGUAACCUUGAAAAACAAUAUACGUCUUAGAGUGAUAUUGGGAAUCACGGAGAGGAUGGAUGAACUCAUGGACUUGGAUGAUGAGUUGAGCGCUUUGCACAUUGAUGUCAAAGCUGUGAAAGGCAUUGAGGCAAUUUGCCAUGGCAUUCCAUUAUCUCAUGAAACAAUAGACAAACUAACGAUUGACCCAGUAUAUAUCUAUCCCGCUCAUUAUGAUCAACCCAAUGAUGAUGGUCCUACAAAAGUUAUAUAUCUUAGAAGCGUUUAUGCUGCAAAAGUUAAAAUUGCAAACGCACAUGAGGACAUUAGUAAGUACUGGGUGCAGGCCUUUAUCAGCUCCAGAUUGAAUAUGGAUUUAUUUUUGAAAAUCUAUGGUAUUCUACUGGACGGAGGGAUUUACUACAUGAUUGUAGAGUGGCCGGGGAAGGGAACGCUCUACGAAUACCUUAAGAGACACAGAACUAUUCCUCAUAAUGUGAUCGUGGAUAUGAACGACAACGUCAAAUUAGCAAACUUUCAUCGCGCCAGAGGAAUAAAAGAUAUUACAACUUCGAUUGCUGAAGAGACUGAUGCUCUCAGAUGGUUAUGUCCUGAAAAAAUGAAGGAUGGGCACCUUCCUUACUCUACGUCGGCCGAUGUAUACAGCUUUGGCAUGCUUUUGUGGGAACUAACUUCCCACGAGGUUCCUUUCUCAGACAAGUCCCUUGGCGAAGUAUAUACUUUAUUAAAAAAUUCAGAUGCAGUCAAAGAACAGGAUGCUCCGCGCCCGCCAAUAGUGCCUGGUACACCAGAAAAGUACGCGAUUAUAAUGCAGAAAUGUUGGAGACAGGUUCCUGGGAGUCGUCCAACAAUGCAAUACGUCUUGCGAAAGUUAGAAAAACUGGUUUACAAUGAUUCAUUUGAUAGCGCUAGUAGCAGCAUCACUGAAUAUGAUCCAUACGCUCCUACAUAUUCAAACGUAACGAUACAAACAGCACGCAGGUUACACGUUGGAAGGCAUUACGAGCAAGCUUUUGAACAAUUCAAGAUAUUGGCUGAUAAGGCUGAACCAAACCCAGAAGCAAACCUUUAUGUUGGCCGAUAUCUGAUCGACUCUAGAAUACAGUUCAAUCGCGGAACUGGAGAAAGCAUUAAAGAUCCCGUUGUAGGAAUGAGCUAUUUGGAAGUAGCCGAAGAUUUGGGAUGCAAUGAGGCAAUUCAGUUUCGUGCUCAGGAGAAGAUGGCAGCCGCCACAAGAAUACGAAAGCAACUGCUGAGUACAGGUGACGAUACAGGUGCCGAAAUAAUUCUGGGGAGAAUGAAGACCGAGUGUUUAGAUCUGUUUCGUGAUGGUGCAGAAAAGGGUAACAUACGCUGUAUGAAAGAUCUCGCUGACUGUGGAGCAAAGUUGGGCGAUAGACAGAGUUAUAUAGAUGGUCAAAGGAUGUUGAACAACGUAAUCGUCAACGCGAGAAAUUUUGCGGAAUGA